AUGUUCCUAGUAGGACAUGUACAUCAUGAGAAGAAAUUUGCCAAGGAAAUUGCUAGUGUGAGUAAGAGUUAAUGGCAAUGUUUAGAACAUCUGACUCAAAACAAUUUCUUAGAACAACAGUAUUCUACAUAUACAAUGUCAUCUUGAUCUAACAGAGCACAUAUUUUCUUCCUAUUGGUAUGGGGAAUACAAUGUCUACAGUUGCAGCUGUCCAGAUUUUGGUGGGUGUAGCCAUGAAUAUGGUGGUGGUGAUGUGCAAAUUGUCCUCAAUUUUUCCAUGAAUUAGAACCUACAGUAUCAAUGUUUCAAAAAAAAAGAUUUACAUGGGGUAUACCCUUUAUAAAGAUUACACUAUGCAUUUUUUGAAGGUUCACAAACAAUCAUGCCAUGUCAUUCAACAUAGUACAUUUUUGUCCAGUGCAGUAGUGAUAUUAAUUUUAAUAUGCAAUCACACAAAAGUGCUAUAAAAUAGACAACAAUGAUUGAAUGUAUGGUCAGCAGGACUGGAUCCCAUGUGAAAACCAACAUCCAGUACAAUCAUGUCCGAUGUAAAAAAAUAUAUGCUGCUACCAAAAAGUUCAUCUGGAGAUGCCUGAUUAUGAAUUACAAAACAACAAUCAUCCAAUAACUCAAUCCCGGUAGCAUUUUGAUAUAAUAAUGAAAUCAGUUUUAUCCUUGACUGAAUCUAGUACUGAGGUCAUUAAAUUAGAUUUCAAGUACUAUAUUUGCCUAUACAUGUCUAGACUUUCCAAAGUCCUUUCCAGGCCCUUCUAUGGCGCGCUUCACUUCGUCGCUCGGGUCGCGCGCUCGGCGCUCCCUCCCCCAUGGUCGACUUGUGGCAAGUCUAAUACAUGUCUUGAACAAGUUGAACUAUAAAAUUCAGAGAUUCCAUAUUUUCUCAGACAGUAAAUGAAUGUAAUUGCCCUAGCUUAAAAAUUGGCACAAAUUCACAGCGAAUUAGAGAUCCAGGCUCGACUCUGGAGAACGAAAUAAUCAAAUGUAUAAACAAAUAUUUACCUUUAUAUGUACGACAUGGCGAAGCGCUUGGCUGAAUUUCAAAUAAACACACUUUAAAGGCAUCCUUGUUGGCGUAAUAUUCUUUCCUUCUUCUCAUAUUGUUUCAAUGAUUUGUUAUUAAUCGGAUUUCACUUCAUAAAAGUCACAAAUCGUUGAAAAUCUCUUCGAUAAUGUGCAUUCCCACUCCUUGUAUCAACAAAUAUAGAAUCGCGCGUAUAUUACGCAAUCGGACUGGAAACCAUGGAAACGAGAGAUAAGUAGUCUACCAAAACAAAAAGAAUCGCACAUGCGCAGCACGGACUGUAACCCGUCUUUAAGUAUCCUUCAUCAGAGGAUUUUGUUGAAGAUUUAUGUUUUUGUCCGAAACAGCCAUAUCCUAUUGCUCUUCUAGACCUCGAAUUCUUUUCUUUGCGUUAUUUCUUUCAUUCCAGUGAGAGCGGGAGUUUAACGUGAAUGUUCUGAUAUCUGAAUUAGGUAUUAAAGCAAUAGACCUUCUUCAUGCCGCAAGUCACCUAGAUAAACGCCAUGACUUUGAGUUGGGAUCAAUGCGUUCCGGGUAUUUGGCAAUGAAAGUUUACGAUGAAACAGAUGUGUUGAAUGAAAUGACCACACAGGAAAAAUCUGAACAUCUUGACUACACUAUUGAUUUGCUGCCUGCAAGGAUCAUUGCGAAGUUCUUUGAUAACGUAUACUGGAUUUUUAGUUUUCGUGCCAUUUUACAUUUGAACUAUAACCCCACCACACUACAACUAGUCCGGAAUGAAUCACUGCCCCUGUUAUUCUUUUCGUAUCCAAUUGAUUUUCCCCAUUUCGACCAUAAAAUAUUUGAAUUUUGUGUAAACAAAUGAUUGACGGCAGAUGUAUGUGUUCCUCAAUUCUUUGAGAACACCAAGGGCUUUGACUCGUCCAUCUGCUGGAACGAAGAUGUCUAAGAGUAUUUUAGAAAAUUGAAGUCAGGCGAAAAGAAUGUUAUCACUUUGGAGUCCCUUAAAGAGAAGCCAUUUUAUCCAGAAGAAGCUAAAGUGUCGGAAUUUACAUUGGAGAUCAUUCAGAAACCUCUUUCAGGUAUUGAUUACAAAUAUUCUUGUAAAUCUGCAAGUGUGCAUGGUGAAAAAAUUAUCUUUGAUAUAAAGUUGAUUAAGCAUAUUUUUAAAAUUAAAAUGGCUUUGGAAAAAACCUACUGUAGUUUGUUAUAUAUGAAAGCAAUACACCUCAUCGUAUAGGCUGUAUUCUGUGAGCAAAAAAGUUGCUUAGAAAACGAGUUUUGUUGCCUCACUUCGGGCACUACUUUAAAAUUGCACGAAUUUAUAGAUUCUGAUAUGCCUGGCACGAAUUUAUUCAUGAAAACCUGCAAUUUCUUCAUAUUUUACGAUCAAACAUCAUCAUUUUCUAUUAAAAUUAGCACUAUUUUUUUUAAACUUCAUGUUAUGCACAGUUAUUGUACUAGUUCAAAGGCGGGGGAAAGGGGUGGGGGGUAUCACGCGGUUCAUCUCAAUAUGAAAUUGUAAAGAUUCUUUAAUCAAGAAUUUUACAGAUUCUAAACUUGUCCUACAAUUUUCGGGGGAUAUUGUCUUGCACAAAUUUUUUAUCAACAACGAACAAGGAGCGCACGAUAUUCGAUAGAUCUCCAGGACCCAGAUGUAUUUUAUUUAACACAAAUUGACCAUUUGCAGCAGUUCUUUCAAAAACUAGCUCAUGAACGAAAUCUGAAUUUUUUCCUGUGGGGCAUUAAGUGCUAUGACCACAAAGACGAUCAUAGGUUUAAAUUUGUUCGCGCUAAUCUUUCGACACACUUUUUUUAAGAUCUAACUGCGAAAAAUGGCUGUAAUAGGCCCUUUGGCUGCGAUUCCGGUGUAGCGCUCUAACGAGCUGUGCUAUACAGAGACCAGUUGCUAAGCCUUAACCACAGAUUCAUGUAUAUAUAUAUAUAUAUAAUCGAACCUGCCAGAGGGCCUAAAGUUGCAUUUUUUGCAACUGCUCCUAGUUGUUAUGUCUAAAAAAGUGUAUAGAAAUUUAGGUUUGAAAACUCAAUCUAAAAAACCAUUCACUAUUAGUUGUAUCGAACGAGAUUCCCAAAAUGUCGAUACAAGAAUCUUUAUUAAUAUACUCUUUGCAAUUUCAUAUAUAAUUCAACAAUAAACCCAAAAUCUGAUGCAAUAUAGAACGAUAGAUUAAUUAGCCUUUCUCACGUCGCCAUUUUUGGGUGGCUUUUCAGCUGAAGUUUUCGAGCUUGAAAAAUAUGCCCGGAUCCCACCGUGGCCGAGCAUAUUUUUCUAGCUCGCCCGGUGUGGAUAUACACUCAGAGUAACACCAAAAAUAUGAUAUUCACCUGAGUACACUACACCAACACAGAAAAAAUUCAUAUUAAUAGAAUACAUUGGUAUCGAAGGAACUAGAUUCUGUUCCGAAAUAUCACUUACUCGAACCGUCCUGACCGCGUAGCUCAGUUGGAAGAGCAUUGGGCUAGUAUUCCAAAGGUCGUAGGUUCGAAUCUCACCGUGGCCGGGCAUAUUUUUCAAGCUCGCCCGGUGUGGAUAUACACUCAGAGUAACACCACAAAUAUCAUAUUCACCUGAGUACACUACACCAACACAGAAAAAAUUCAUAUUAACAGAAUACAUUGGUAUCGAAGGAACUAGAUUCUGUUCCGAAAUAUCACUUACGUACUCGAAUCGUCCUGACCGCGUAGCUCAGUUGGAAGAGCAUUGGGCUAGUAUUCCAAAAGUCGUAGGUUCGAAUCCCACCGUGGCCGGGCAUAUUUUUCAAGCUCGCCCGGUGUGGAUAUACACUCAGAGUAACACCACAAAUAUCAUAUUCACCUGAGUACACUACACCAACACAGAAAAAAUAAAUAUAGUACAGUUUUCAAGGGGCAAGGAAAAUUAAACAAUCGACAAAUUAAACUUCAUAUCCGAGACGAUGUCAAACCAGUUAGGCAGCGGCAAAGAUGUAUACCAUAUCAUGUGAGAAAGGAUGUUUCUAAGGAACUAAAGAAACUAGAAGAGCAAGACAUUGUCGAGAAAGUUGCCAAUCAACCCACACCAUGGAUAUCUCCAAUAGUCGUCACGCCAAAGAAAGACGGAGGUAUUAGACUGUCUAUGUGUAGACAUGAGGGAAGCAAACCAGGCAAUCGAGAGAGAGACACACACAAUGCCAACUUUACAAGAUUUUAAAGCUGAGGUAAAUGGAACAAAAUUCUUCUCAAAGAUUGACCUAAAGCAAGCAUAUCACCAGCUCGAAUUACACCCGGACAGUCGAUUCAUUACAACGUUUUCUACCCAUGCAUAUGAAGGACUGUUCCAGUAUAAAAGAUUAAAUUACGGUACGAACAGUGCAGCCGAGAUAUUCCAAAAUGUGCUACAACAAAACCUUAGCGAUAUCAGAGGAGUGAUCGAAAAACCUGGUGGAUGA